CGUUUUUCCCGCUCCUCUCUCCCCCCUCCUCGCUUGAAUCUCCAGUCUCUGCGAAAUGUUCACAAACUCUCUCUCAUUUCUCGAUCUCCGCCGCGCAUGCGUUUCAAGUUCCAGAUCUAAUCAGUAAUGGAAGCUAAGCAUGCCGAAUCGGAAUUCAGUCAGCCUCCCGCCGGCGCCGGCGCAGCCCUCACCGAUUCUGAAAAGGCGUGGCAUGUUUUCGCACUGCUCCUGGCAAUUCGACGGCCUGCCCAGCCGGCAGAGCUCGCAUCGAUCUGUACAUUUUUCCGUGCUACUCCAGAUUUAAUUGGAUAUCUUUGCUCGAUUCCCUGUUCUCCAAUCCAUUUGACUCCGGAUUACAUCGUCACGUUCUCCCCUGCCGUCUACAUGAUAUUUGCUAAAUUUAUUGCGUAUGUGAACGCAAUUGCUUCUGUUUUGCCUGGAUUGGUGUCUGAUGAUCUAUUAGGAGCUGUUGACUUUGGCUCGAAGACAUAUUUCAGGAAGAAGAAAAGGCCGAGAUGGAUAGCCAAUGGUUUGCCUGCGUUAAAAAAGAGAAGAACUUUAAACAGUUGUUAUGCUGAGAAGGAUCACGUGGUAAUGGCAUUUCCUGGAGAGACGCUGGAUGUAUUUGCUAAGGAACAUUCUGAACUCCAAGAUGGCAUUUGUGGUGGGAGUAUGAACAAAGAUAAAUCGAGACCAUUGCGCUUCACCUCUGUCAACAGGGAAGUGGGGAAAACAUUUACUACUUCCUGCAUUUUUUAUGCAAACAAUGAUGCUUAUAGAUAUGGUUUUGGAUAUGCACGGUGUAAUGAAGAACCAAUCCUACAUACAAUUCAUAACAGAAAUGAAGCAGACACUGUAACUUUGACAAAAUCUGAAUUCAUGUAUGAUGAUGUGAGUAUUUUGCAUAUCCAUGAACAAGUGGAGAAAGAGACAUAUGCUAUCCCCAAGUCAAAGCCACUUCAGCUGACUGGCAUAGUGGAUGUUCAGAUAGAGAGUGCAGAAGUGGAGGCAUAUGAUAAUACUGCAAUCAAAGUAAACUCUAAAGUAACUUCUUGUAUUUUAGCUCAAGAAACUCUGGUUCAAGCAGCAGAGCCUUAUACAGCCAUCCAAUCCUGUCAAAUGACCACUGAAAAUGAAAAAGUAAGUUCUUGUACUUUAGCUCAACAGACUCCAGUUCAAGCAGCAGAGCCUUAUACGGCUAUACAAUCCUGUCAAAUGACCAUUGAAAAUGAACACUCUGUGGAAGGAGUGGAACCGCUAUCUUGUACUGUUGGAAAGAGUGAAGGUGUCAACUCCACACCAUAUAGGUCAAUUAUGGUUGGCAAAAUUGAGAAGUCUGCUGAAGCCCCUCAUAAAGUGAGUGACAGGAAGAAACGAAAAAUAUGCUCUCCUAGUUCAAAAAAUGUCCAUGAGGAAGUGUUGAUUACUGCCGAGCAACCUGUGUACAAGUCACUCAAUAAUAGUGCACAGGUCAGACGUGGAGAGAAGGACCGAAUUAACAGAGGCAUGAAAUCAGUCUCUGCAAAGAAAAAGCUAACUUAUAAUCAUGAAGAGUUAGCCAUUACUACAAAAAAGAAUGGGACCUUCAAAGAAAAUGGAGAAGAUUUGAAUUCUAACUCUUCUAAAGAGCCAAUUAAGAAAAAAGAGCUGCCAAACUUUGAGUCUUUUGUAGUUGAGGAAGAAGAAGGUUCAGGUGGCUAUGGGACGGUGUACAGGGCAAGGAGGAAGAGCGAUGGAAAAAAAUUUGCAAUAAAAUGCCCACAUUCUAAUGCCAACAGACAGAACAUCCUUAAUGAGGUGAAGAUGUUGGAAAGAUUUGGGGGGAAGAACUUUGUGAUCAAAUACGAAGGAUCAUUCAAGGAAGGAAAUUCUGAUUGUGUUGUUUUAGAGCACGUGGAGCAUGACAGACCUGAUGUUUUGAGGAAAGAAAUUGAAGUUUUCCAGCUACAAUGGUAUGCCUACUGUAUGUUCAAGGCUCUUGCAUCUCUUCAUAAGCAGGGUAUUGUUCACAGGGAUGUCAAACCCGGAAACUUUCUUUUUACUCGAAAGCUAAAUAAAGGUUACCUUAUUGAUUUUAACCUUGCCUUGGAUUUGAAUAAAAAAUACGGAAAUGCAGAUAAAACAAAUUUGGGAUCUUCUACUGCCGUACAAGAAACUCAUCAUUGCCUUAAUAAUUAUCUGCCCCCAAAUAGAAAUAGAAAAGCAGUCAAUCAGGAAACAGCAUCCAAAGGCAUCAAGAGAUCACUGCAGCCCAAGAACACGAAAAGGAAGGAUGAUUUGGAAAAUGGGAGUAGGAGCCUAAUGAAAAGCCAAGGAGCGGAUGGGUCAGGGAUAACUUCAACAAAGGAAGCAACAAGCAUCAGGAACACAUCCAAAGAGAGGUUGAGAGAGCCUCUGCUAAUGCAGCCUCUAUCCAUUCAAGGUAGAGAGAAGCUUAUGAGUUUGGUGGAAGAAAUACAAUGUACAAGCCAUCAUAAAGAAGAAGUGAAGGGUCCCACUUCUAAGAGGAAGAGGAUCGCAGCAGCCCCUAGAAAAGAGGACGGGCAGCAAUUCCUUUAUGUAACCCCGAUGCCUCUGCACUCAUCUGGAAUACCCAUUCGUGGUGCUGGGUUGCUCCAGGGUGAUGGAAAGCAUAAGAGAGAUGGCUCAUGUGUUGGGACCAAGGGGUUCAGGGCUCCCGAGGUAUUAUUCAGAUCUCUACAUCAAGGGACCAUGCUUGACAUUUGGUCAGCUGGUGUUAGCUUACUGUAUCUGAUAACUGGGCGAACCCCUUUCACCGGAGACCCUGAUCAGAAUAUAAGGGAGGUUGCCAAGUUGAAGGGCAGUGAGGACUUAUGGGAAUUGGCUAAACUACACAACCGCGAGUCUUCCUUCCCUGAGGACCUCUUAGAUGCAAAUGCUCUGCCUUCAGUAAAACUACAAGACUGGUGUAAAAGGAACAGCCGAAGAACCGAUCUCUUCGAUGCCAUUCCACCCUCUCUUUUUGAUCUCGUUGACAAGUGUUUGACGGUGAACCCGAGACUAAGAAUCAGCGCCGAUGAAGCCCUUCGGCACGAAUUCUUCGCUCCGUGUCAUGAAACUCUCGGAAAACGGCCCCUUUCGAGACAUGGGGCUGCAAUGCUUCCUUCUCGAGGAGGACAAACUCUGGCAGGUGGAGUGGUUGUAUGAACAUAUUUUCUGCUAAAUUUUUUGUAUUUCUUUUGUGUAUUGUUAAGUAGGAAGAAGUAGCCAUUGCUGUUCAAGUCAAGCUUUUGUCAUGAAUGAAAUCCUAAAUGCAGAGUAAAAUAAUAAGGAAUUAGGGAU